AUGGCUUCGCCACCCGCUUCGCGCUCACGCGAUGCCACACCCUCGUCCACCCACAGCAACUCGAUCGAGCAUGCCUCGGCCAGCGGGUCAAGCCAGGAAUCCCAGAAUCACGAGGAGGUGGAUAGAUUCUUGAAGCGGAUGGAGAUGGAGAAGAAGAUGCAAAUUUUGCAGCAACGCCUCGAGCUGGCCUCGGUCAAAGCCACUCAUGGCUGGGCGGACAAAUCUAUAGGCGAGAUUGAGCGGACCAUGUCCCCUCCACCACGGCGUCGGUCGUUCAAAGCCAUUGCGCCAAUACGCGUCGAUCCCUAUACCUAUCGCCCACACCCCUACUCCCCUUCAUCCCCCUCCAUCUCAUCCGCACCUCCCUCGUACAACCCCCCAUCUCCAUCACGGCCAUGGCAGCUCAUCGACGUCCUCUGGCAGCCCCUCCCACCAUCCUCCCGCCCAGCACCGGCCAGUCCUCGCAAGCGGGUCAGAGAAGACUCGGGUCGGCGGAACAGCUCGAGCGGGGCGUACAUUCCAGAACGGAUGCGAAAGGAAAAGAGGUCCUACUCGCAUUCAACCACCACGCAGGAUGUCGACGCGGCGAACGCGCUCGCAUUUAUGCAUAGCGAUACCGACAACACCCUUCGUCAUUCCAUCUCCCUUCCUAUCCCAACCACUCCACCACGUCCCCGCUCCUCAUCCUUCGCCCACUCCCCGCCAGAACCACCUCGGAGCGCUGGACGCAGGGCGGUCACGCCAGAACCAGGAGAAGAGGAUAGGAGCGCGGCGGAUCUGAUGAUGUUCCUGGCGCACUCGCCUAGUCCGCUUAGGAAGGCGGCUCGGACGGCGGCGCCAGCAAGUCCAGGGACGGCGAGGGUGUUGUUUGGGGACGGGGAGAAGCUCGGCAAGUCAAACCUGGCGAUGGCGCCGCCGAUCACUGCGAAUGAUGGGAAUGGGUUUGGGAGCUUGAUGUAG